AUGGACCACGAUGGUAUAGAGAACAUUAUCCGGACGCGGUUAAGUGUCAACGAGAGACCUCUGAGGCGACUGAGCCAGCGUUUUCAGAAAUGGUCCGGAGUCCUCGUCACAGGCUCUCAGGAGGAUAUUGAGGAUGGUUUUCAAGCACUGUUGAUGGAGAUCUCGCAGUUCGAGCUCGGACUUUCAAAAUCAACAUUGGUGACAGAGAUGGCCGAGCGGGAAAGACUACACUACCAGGAGGAACAAAACCAGAUCGAGGACAGUAUUGCCCUUUCUCAUGGGGAGCUCGAGGCCCUCGCCCGUGAACUUGAAGGAGCCAAGCAGGAACGCGCCAACAAGAUCGAGUAUGACCAAUUGGCGACCCAGGUCCUUCAGUUCCCUAGCCGCGAGUCUAGCCAACAGUCGAUCGCUCAACUGAACGCCGAGAUUAUGGGACUGGAAAACGAGGCAACCCAGCAGAGCCAGUUAAUGGAUCUGAGGAAGAAACAGUUCUUUACGGCCUUGUUAUGUCUGCAGAGUACACAGGAGUCCAUUCGGGAGGAUCGGCGCGAGGAGGAGAAGAGACUGUACCUCAAACGGUCCCAUAAUGAUGACCCUCUGGAGGACCAUGAGGAGGAUGAUGAGGGAGGAUUUGUCGAGAGUAUGGAUGGUGUUGUGGCGUUGGACGGUGAGCAUGGACUUGGGACACCUCAGUUAGCUCCCGCAUUAGAACGCGUACUUUCUCAGGACGCACACGGUUCUGCCUCGCCCAGUCUCAACCGUAGUCGACGUGGAUCUGUAAGUCCAGGAGGGGUUGGAGCAGAAGGGUCAGAGACAUUAAUAGGUGGUGGUGUGGAGGGGGAAGUGUUCAUGUUGGACCUUCAGUCCAGUACGCCACGAGGAGGAGGAAGCACAGGAACGCCUGGAAGGACCAACCACCUCGCCACUCCAACACCACCGAUGCGGUCUCUGACGGGCACACCCAACCCUUCCGACACCGCCAUGGACACCUUUCCAUAG